GAUUUUCAUUCUAUUUGCGUGUCAAAUACGUUCAUGUUGCUUUGUAGUUUUUCCGUGCGAUCAUUUCAUUUUUUAUUACGCUUCAAAGUUUUCACCGAUUUAACUUGCGGCGCGUGACGUGUUUCCCUUAUUUGAACUCAAUUCAACGCUUCCAGAUCCUUCUUUUUUUAUUUUUUAUUUAAAAACCGAUCCAUUUUUCAUAAACCCUUCGCCGACCAAAUUUGUUGUUGUUGUUCCUGCGGUUCUUAAGGAAUCAAGGAGUAAAUAAAGCAUCUGUAUAUUUGGAAGAUACAUUAUAAACAGAAUAUCAUGGACGAAACAAUGGCAGCAAGAUAUUGGUGUCACGCGUGUUCUCAAAUAGUCAAUCCUGUCAUGGAAGUGGAGAUGAAAUGCCCAGUUUGCCAAAGUGGAUUUGUUGAAGAAAUGAACAGUGCUGCUGGUAUCAGCGAGAUGCAAGGUAUCGGCGAGAUGCAAAAUAUACCAGAAAAUGAUUUUGGUUCGGAUCGUGCUGCCUCCCUUUGGGCACCAAUCUUGCUAGGCAUGAUGAGUAAUCCGCGACAUCGUCGAAGAUUGAGACGAAUAGAGCUUGAAAAUGACUAUAAUAGUGGUAGUCGUGAUGAUGAUAAUGGUGGUGUAGGCCAUUAUGAUCGAGAGCUCGAGUCUAUCCUUCGGAGGAGGAGAAGAAGCUCAGCUACCAUUCAGCAACUGCUCCAAGGCAUAAGAGCUGGACUGACAUCUGAAUCACAUGAGAAUACAGACAGUGAUGACCAUGUUAGAGAAAGAGAAAGAGAAAGAGAGCAUGUAAUUUUGAUCAAUCCUUUUAAUCAGACUAUUAUAGUUCAAGGUUCAUAUGAUUCUAACCGGGAUCAAAGUGAUAUUCAUAGCACCAUUGGUUCUCUGGGUGACUAUUUCGUAGGGCCUGGUUUGGAUCUAUUGUUACAACAUUUGGCUGAGAACGACCCCAAUAGGUACGGAACUCCACCCGCCCCGAAGGAAGCUGUUGAAGCUCUACCCACUGUGAAGAUCAAUGAGAAUUUGCAGUGUUCUGUCUGUUUGGAUGAUUUUGAAGUUGGUUCUGAAGCUAAAGAGAUGCCAUGUAAACAUAGGUUUCAUAGUGCAUGCAUCCUGCCCUGGCUUGAGCUUCAUAGUUCUUGUCCAGUUUGCAGGUUUCAAUUGCGAGCAGAUGAAUCUAAGCAAGACUCCGUUGCGUCAAGGAGUAGCAGAAAUCAAAGGGAGGAUGAAAAUACUGUGCAUGACAAUGCUGAAGGAGACAAUGAAGGGAGAAAUUCAAGUGGGGGUAGAAGAUUCUCAUUUCCUUGGCCUUUCAAUGGAUUAUUUUCAUCAUCAUCAUCGUCAUCAUCAUCUUCUAGUUCAAAUGCAAAUGGAAAUGGUACUCAAUCAGAAAGAAGCUGAGUAUUCUUGCAUAUCCGUUGUAUUAUUCAUGUGCUGCCUUGCCUUGCUUUUGUACAGAGAGAACUACCAAUUGAAGGAUACAACGUUGACAGUAUCAGUUAUGAUUUUUUAUGUGGCUUUGUUGUUGCUAUAUUUCCUUCAACUUUUACCACCCAACUUGGUUUGUGUAUAUUUGUCGUUGGUGGUUUUAUUUUCGCAUCUCAUUAAUUUGUAUUACGCUUGGAUAAAUGUAUAUUUGUUAAGCCUGGUUUUCAAAUUCUCUAUUUGUAAAAUUAUUUUUUCUUGGUCAUGACUCAUGAAUUGUAUUGGGGUUUGACCUGUUGCGUUGUGGAGUUUUUUUUCCUUUGACCGCGCAUUCUGGAAUUUAUACAUUGGUCAAAAAUCAAACUUGUUUGAUGAA